AUGGAUGAAACUCUUGCUGAGUUUUUCAGGAGGACCAUCUUGAAAAUCCCAAUGACGGAAAUGAUGACAAUCCUAAAAACCUGGAAUUUUUUGUCUGAAAAUCAACUGCAGACCGUAAACUUUCGGCAGAGAAAGGAAUCUAUUGUUCAGGACUUGGUUCUGCUUUGUGAGGAGAAUCGUGCAAGGCUCAAUGAUGCAGCCCAUUUAGACAUCAUUUAUACUCAGUUUCAUCGGCACCAGAAAAUUUGGGAUGUUUUUCAGAUGAGUAAAAGACCAGGUGACAACAUUGAUCUUUUUGAUAUGGAAGAAUUCAAAAGUUCAUUCAAGAAAAUUCUUCAGAGAGCAUUAAAAAAUGUGACAGUCAGCUUCAGAGAUGCUGAGGAGAACUCGGUAUGGAUUCGAAUUGCCUGGGGAACACAGUAUAAAAAGCCAAACCAGUACAAACCUGCUUACGUGGUGUACUAUUCCCAAACUCCAUAUGCCUUCACUUCGUCCUCCCAACUGAAGAGCAAUCUACCCCUUCUGGGUCAGGCACUGACAGUUGCUAGCAAACACCAUCAGAUUGUGAAAAUGGACCUCAGAAGCCGAUAUCUGGACUCUCUUAAGGCUAUUGUUUUUAAACAGUAUAAUCAGAGCUUUGAAACUCACAACUCUACUACAUCUCUACAAGAAAGAAGCUUUGGGCUAGAUAUAAAUAUGGAUUCAAGGAUCAUUCAUGAAAACAAAGUUGAAAAAGAAAGAGUGCAAAGAGUGACUCAAGAAAUUUUUGGAGACUAUCCUCAACCAAGACUAGAAUUUGCACAAUAUAAGCUUGAAACGAAAUUCAAAAGUGACUUAAACAGGGGCAUCCUGGCUGAGAGAGAAGAGCCCCUCCGGUGCCUGGUAAAGUUCUCUAGCCCGCAUCUUCUGGAAGCACUAAAAUCCCUGGCCCCAGCCGGUAUUGCAGAUGCACCACUUUCUCCACUGCUCACUUGCAUACCCAAUAAGGGAAGGAAUUAUUUUAAAAUUAGAGAUAAAUAA